AUGCUUGGCAAAGUUUCCUUCGAAGAAGCCUAUGAGAUUCCGGAGCUGGCCGACCAGAGUCGUGACCAGGCGGCUUUAUACAUCGCUCCACCCGAUCUCGACCGGUACCUGCGUCAGAUCAAGUCAAUUUCUGGAGAGCGUCUGAAGGUUUCCGAUGCCCAUGGAAUCGGCUACACAAUCUGCUCCCUGACUGUCCCCGGCGUCCAAGGCAUCACAGACCCAAAGACUGCCGAAGAACAUGCCACCGCAGCCAACAACUAUAUCCACAAAGAGAUAAAAGAUCACCGUGACCGUCUUGGAGCGUUUGCAGCCUUGUCUAUGCAUAAUCCGACUCAGGCAGGAAAGGAGUUAACACGUUGCGUUAAAGAGUUCGGUUUUCACGGAGCUUUGCUGAACGAUGUUCAACAUGCUGGACCGGAUGGUGAAACCUAUCUCUUCUACGAUCAACCUAUCUAUGACACAUUCUGGAAGGUUGUUUGUGAUUUGGACGUCCCUAUCUAUAUCCAUCCUGCUGCACCUAUGGGGCAAUACUACAACCAGCAGUAUGCUCAACGUAAGUAUCUUGUUGGUCCACCGUUAAGUUUUGCCAAUGGAGUCUCUCUUCACCUGUUAGGCCUGAUCACCAAUGGUGUCUUUGACCGCUUUCCGAAGCUAAAAGUUAUUGUUGGCCAUCUUGGUGAACAUAUUCCAUUUGACUUCUGGCGUAUCAACCAUUGGCUUGAGGAUGUUGAGCGACCCCUAGCUGAGAAGGCUGGGGACGUGAUGAGCAAGAGGGAUAUUUACUAUUACUUCAAGAACAACAUCUACCUGACUACUAGUGGCCAUUUCUCAACACCUACUCUCAAAUACGUGGCAGAGUACCUUGGUCCGGAGAGAAUUCUUUUCAGUGUGGACUAUCCCUACGAAACCAUCGAAAACGGUUGCGGCUGGUGGGAUAAGGAUGCUGAAAACAUCAAGAAGGCUUUGGGCGGUCUGGAAGCUUAUACCAAUGUCGGACGUGAAAAUGCUAAGAAGCUUUUCAAGUUGGGUGAAUACCAUGACUCGGAGGCGCCGGUGUUGUGA